UUCUAGUAGAAAUCAUGUUGACUCUCGCCACUGUCUCUAUUCCUGCUGCUUCCACCUCCUCUCAGUCUCCACUCACCUAAACAAAUUUUACCCUUCUUUCUUUUUCUUUCUGUUUUUCCUUCUCUGGCAUUUGCACUUUCUGCUUACUGUCUGCAAUUUUUGUUAUUCUCUGCUGAUGGAGUCUUGGCGCUACAUUGCUGAAGAGAAAGGCCUUCCUUUCUCAGAUGAAAUAGACUUAUCUAUCGAUUCAUUUGGGAGAAGUAAAAAGGCAUACACAGGGUGGGAUGGGGAAUCUGUUGAGAGCUUGGAGUUUAUAGAUUUGGGUUUCUCUGACAUGCCCAGAAAGCCAUUUCAUGGUAGUAACACAGGUGUGGAGAUUCUUGGUGGUAGUGAAGCUGGUAUCCACUCUAGUAAAAUAGAAUUAACUUCUCCCGGUUAUAUGAUUGCUUCAAAUUUACAGUUGGAGUCUGUGUCGAAUCAUUCAAAUUCUCUCAUGGAAUCUAAUAGUCAGGAUUCAUCACUAAUUGAUUUAAAGCUAGGGAGGUUAGCUGAUGGCAAAGAUGCACAGAAGAACAAAUUUUUGAAAGAUAGAUCGGUGGUAUCUUCAGCAAGCCCAACUUUUCAGGCAAAGGAAGCUCGAAGAAUGAGUUCAUGCUCUCACACUCCCUAUUGCCAGGUGUAUGGUUGUCACAAGGAUCUCAGCUCCUUAAAGGAUUACCACAAGAGACAUAAAGUUUGUGAGGUUCACUCAAAGACUCCUAAAGUUAUAGUUAAUGGGGUUGAGCAAAGGUUUUGUCAGCAAUGUAGCAGGUUUCAUUUACUGGUUGAAUUUGAUGAUGGUAAACGUAGUUGUCGUAAACGCCUAGCAGGCCACAAUGAACGCAGAAGGAAACCUCAGUUUCGUGCUCUCCCUGGCAGAUCCCUUAAGUUGCUGCAGCCAUACCAAGGCACCAAAUUUUUGGGCACUUCCUUGCCAAAGAAAGCAUCUUUUCUUUUCCCAAACAUACUUCCUGGUGGUAUUCUUUGUCCAGAGAGAUAUGAACAGACCAACUCCUACAAGCCUGUUAAAUUGGAAGAGAAAUUAAUCUACGGUACAAAUGGGCAGUCACUUUCAAAACCUUUUCUCCAUAUACAUGCUAAUGGGAUCCAAAACACUUCUGGAAUUUCACCAUCAGCAGCUGAAGAUUUAACUAUUUUUAAUACUGCAUCAACUAUUCAUGAGUUAGCUGGGGUGUGUCAUUCCAGUCGUGCUCUCUCUCUUCUGUCAGCCGAAUCACAGGACUUGGGCCAUUCAGCAGGAAUUAUAAUGGCUAGGCCCUUCAUCAGUCAAGCCAAUCGUUCCCAUCACAGUGUGGAUAUUUCUGACAAACCUUUCGGGGUAGAAUCUUCAGAGAAGAAUAUGCCAAAUGUAUUUCAUUCAUAUGGAAUGAAUUCCAUUAAAGCUAAUCAUAUGGGAUCCUUCAUGGUUUCUUGUGCUGGUUAUGCUGCUGACCUUCAAGUUGAACCAGAUGGUUUUCUUCAAGAAUCGGACCUUUUGAAUGCCAAAUAUUGUGUUUCUGCUGAAAAUGGAUCUACUGUGGAUUUGCUUCAGUUGUCAUCACAUCUUCAGAGGGUGGAGCAACAGAGGAAUUCUGUGCAAGUGAAGCCUGAAAUUGAGGAUUUUUCCACUUUCCUUAGCACAUAUGGGGCAUGAAAGGAACAAGGUUAUUGGGUAUCGUUUCAUGCCGCUUACUCUAUUUACAACUUGCCCCCUCGUGCUUGAGAGUCUGGCGUGCAGAGAAGUCCUUUCAAGAAUGUUCUGAUUGAGGGGGACUCCCAAUCUGUUAAUAAUGCCCUUUAGAAUGGGGCAAUCCCCAUUUCCAUCCAGAGCAUUAUUGCAGAUACCAAGUCUUUAGCGGACCUCUUCGACACCAUUUCUUUCAUCUUCGUUAGAAGGAAUUGCAAUCAAGCGGCUCAUGCUUUGGCAUCUGAAGUUCUUCGUGAACCAUCUUUCCUGCAUUAUCAUUUAGAGCAAAUACUUUUUGUUUCAACUUCACCAUUCUAGUGAUAUUUCUCUUUUAAUCGUCGAUAAAAAAUAAGUGGAAGAAAAAAAGGGUUGA